UAAGGGUUCAUACAAUUGUAAAGAUGAACUCUACAUACUGCAUUUAAUAUAUGACUGGACACGAUUGCAAUUAGCACAAAUAUACUUUUUCUUACUUGGCAUACAUAGAUAGGUUUCAUGUUAUUUUAAAAAUGGACCCAUAUUUUGAAGGGAAAAAAGUUAUCGUUACAGGUGCGGGCAAAGGUAUUGGACGAUUGUUAUGUAUUACACUAGCAAAACAGGGAGCUAAAGUGAUUGCUAUAAGUAGAACUGCAAAGGACUUGGAAAGCUUAAAGCAUGAAAAUGCGUCAAUAGAGGUUUACAGUCAAGAUAUAAGUGAUUGGAGUAGUACAAGAAAACUGAUAGAGGACAUUGGUCUUGUUGAUAUGCUAGUUAACAAUGCUGCUGUAGAUAGGAAGAAACCUUACCUGGAAAUAAAAGAGGAAGAUUUUGAUUACUUGUAUAAUACUAAUAUAAAAGCAGCAUUCAAUAUAUCACAGGCUGUUGUAAAAUGUAUGAUUGAGAAGGAAAGAUGUGGGUCUAUUGUAAACGUGUCUAGUAUUGCUGGAAUUAAUCCAGUACAUUCAAUAGGAACAUAUAGUUGUACUAAAGCAGCACUGGACAUGAUGACAAAGUCUAUGGCUCUAGAAUUUGGACCCUAUAAGAUAAGAGUGAACAGUGUCAACCCAACCGUGGUGAUGACCACAAUGGGACGAGCAGCAUGGUCAGCGCCAGGGGUGGCUGACAAUAUCCUAAAGAGAAUACCUAAUGGAAGAUUUGCAGAGGAAAUUGAUGUCGUAAAUGCCAUAGUGUUUCUGCUGAGCGAUAAAGCCUCUAUGAUCAAUGGAAUACAAGUACCUGUAGAUGGUGGACAUCACACGAACUUCUUAUAAUUUUCAUCUGAUUGCUGCACUUUUUGGCAUAUACAAAACUGUUGUAUAAAUAAAUUUGAUUAUUAAAAAUUUUUUUUCUUGUAAAAAUAAAUCUUAUAAUUAAAUAAAAUGAGAAAAUAUGAAUAUUUUAUUUAUAUUCAUCGUGUAUGCUAGGUUUGGUGAUUUUGUAUCUAACAUGUACAUCCGAGUGAUUAUUUUAAUAUUUCUAAUUCAGUUGUGCCUUCGCAUGCGUUUAUUGUAACACUGAUUCGUCAAAGUUAUUUGAAGACAACUCGUCAGCUACGACACUUAUUAUCUAAAAUAUCUAUGGGAGAAGAGCAACCAUGCAUAAUAAUCUUAUUUAAAAGUGACAAUAGAUAAAAUAAAGUCAAACAAUUAGUACAAUGUACAAUAAAAAAAUAAACUAAACUCAUUUCAAUAACAUUUUAUUUACAAAAGAGUGUAAAGUAUAAAAAUUAACAAAAUAUCUUUAAAGAAAACUAUAAAAAGUAUUUCAUCAAAUGGUUAACAAUGUCACAAUGCAUAAAGUAACAUGAAACGCACAUUAAAAUAAUCUGGAAGAAGGGUGAUCCUUCGUAAGCAUUAAUCACAACAAGUUAACAUGAAAAUUGCAGACUCCGUUUGAUUGAGUCUG